UUAACCAACUUGGCGCCCAAAUUACAUUUUGAAAAUACAACAUUAUAACUUCCCUUCACCCCAUCUUCCAAAUCACAACACAGAACCAAAAAAAAAUGGCAAAAGGAACAGUUUCUGCUAAAAACAAGCCCACCAAAAUGUCACCUCCUUCCCCAAUUGACCACCCUCCUUACUUUGAGAUGAUAAGUGAAGCAAUAUUAACAUUGAAGGAAAGAACCGGAUCGAGCCAGCCAGCAAUCGCAAAGUUCAUGGAGGAAAAUUACAAAGACGGGCUGCCCCAAAAUUUCAAGAAACUACUCUCUGUUCAGUUGAAAAAGUUCGUGAAAUCCGAUCGACUCGAUAAGGUUAAAAAUUCCUACAAGAUUGCCUCGGCCGAGAAGCUUAAAUUGGCCGUCAAAGAAAAGGAAAAAUCAAAGAAAUCCGCAUCCGUGUCGCCUAAAGAGAAAAUGAAGAGGCUUAGCCAGGUUAAAACACCUGAUGUUUUGAAGAAGUCUAAGAAUAAAAAGGAUGGGAAAAGCGCAAAGAUGAAGAGACUGAGUCAAGUGAAGACACCAGAUGUGCUCAAGAAGAAGCAGAAUUCCAAGGCUAAGGUUAAUAAGAAGUGAUGUGCUGGAUUUUAAUUGAUUAGUUUUAUUAUUGAAGAAUUAAUUAGGGUGGUUUGUUUUGGAUUUUAAUUGAAAUUUGUGGUUAAUACUAUAUUAAUGUAAUGUUUUAUUAGGAUUUUAUUGGAA